AAUGAUCGUAAGUCGAGGACCAUCUGUACCAUGUUUCCUCACAAAAUAAAUAGAUGGUAUAGAUAGCCAUGCUGGCUCAGGAAUCCUUGGAAUUGAAGUCCAUGAGUCAUAAAAGAGCCAAGGUUGCCUACCGCUGGUAUAGAACGACAUAUAUUUUGCUAUGACAUGCCGACUCAUUGUUGCUUGGCUUGAUGCUCAAAUAGAUGCAGUAGCUGAGUACAGGUAGUCCUCAACUUACGACCAUUUGCUUAGUGACCAAAGUUACAAUGGCAUUGCAAAAAGUGACUUACAACCAGUUCUGGCAUUUAUGACUAUUGUGGUAUCUCCACAGUCACAUAAUCAAAAUUUGGACACUUUGCAAUCGGCAUGUGUUUACGGCGGCUGCAGCAUCCCAGGGUUCAUGUGAUUGCCCCCUGACCUCCCAGCUGGCUUCCAACAAGCAAAGUCAAUGGGGUAAGCCAGAUUUGCUUAACAACAACUACAUGCUUCACGUAAUUGCAAGGAUUUAUUUAAAACUGUGGCAAAAAAAGGCCGUAUAAUUGAGUAGGAUUCACUUAACUGCUUUACUUAGCAACCAAAAUUCUGGUGGUGUUUGUGGUUGUAAGCAGAGGGCCAAUAGGCAAGGGGAAAAGGCCCACAAUAACUACUGCCAGUUACCAACUACUUCAUGCUACCAUGAGAAAGAAAGUGUACAUAAUUAUAGUGUGGAAGUAGGUAAGACUAUUAAUAUUCUAUUGUUGAUAAAUGUGAUCACGUGGCAUCAAAGAGCCCAAGAACCUUAUUUGAAGUUCUAUGCAUGCUAAAUGCUUUGUUCACUGAUAGACAUUGUUCCAAAAACUAAUGUGGAUUUUUCCAUAUGACCCACUCACCAUGGAUCAGUGAUGCCUUAGCAACCAUCAUUCAUAGAGCAUGAAUGAGCGAUGACACUUUCAACUGCACCCCCUCCCAUUCCUCCCCUGGCAUGUUUUAAUCUUUCUUCUAAAAUGUUUUGUUGCCGCUUUUGCUCCAUAUCAAAAAAACAAAUUCAACAGUAGUAUAAAGAACUUCACUGCUUUAUACUCAUGUAAGAUUAUGCCUUGAGAAUUUACUGAGUAAGACAAAGUCCACCUUUAUUUCUCAGAUUUUGUGGAAGAUCUUGACAAAUUAUUUUUCUCAGUCUGUUACUUCAUCUCUUUUACAUAAGAAGGAAAAUAAUUGGAAUACAAUUGGAAUUAUCGAUUUAAAGGGCCAGUGGACCAAAGAAAUAGGUUUGCAAUGCAUGUACAAAAACUCUGAUACACAUCACACAAAUCAGGCAUAGCAAAUGUUCACAGGCUAUCUGAAUCUCUGUUCGGGCAUUAGCUCCUAAGUAUUUGGAAGAGAGGAGGUAGAAACCUUUCCUGCUGGAGAGAACACGUGGUCAAGGCAAAAUCUACUGGCUGGGAAGGAACCGUUACAGUUCACUCUUUAAACCUUAACAGUCACUGACUUCUAGAAAAGUCUAACCCUGCCGAGGCUGAGCAUCAGUGUUCCAACUGUAGCAGUCUGUGGAUUGCUCUUCCGUCAAACCUAGAUUGCCUGAAGCAGGUCAUGGAAGAUGGCCAGUAAGCAAGGGUACAGUUGUCUCACAGAUGGCUCUCUGGAUAUUCCAAUAUCUAGCCCUGAAGGCACCCCAAGUCUCAGUCCUCAUAGUCCAGGACUAUGUCUUAUAUCUCCUCCAAUUGCAGAAUCUCACUGGCUGAGCAAUGCUCAACCACAGACUGAGGCUCCAUCAGAAAUGAACAUCACUUUAGAAAAGUUGCUUGCUCCAAUAACUGAAAAAUUGAAAUAUUUGCUGAAGAAAGCGGAGGACUUCCAGACUUACCUCCUGUACAGCAGAGACAGAAUGCAGAAGGAACAGUUUGCCAAAGCCAUGCCCACCUUUUUGCAGAUGUGCCAGCCAUAUUUCCACUAUUUGGAAUCUACAGCACGCAGCUGCACACCUUAUUUAAGACCUCCACAGGAACCAGUCCGGAAAAGACUUCUGGAAAUUUCUCAGCAAUUGGCUUGCCAGCUUGAGCAACUGGUGCUGAUGUAUGCUUCUUUCAGCUUUGUUUCUCUUGAAGACACAGACCCAUUCAGCAUAUCGUGUUUCUUCUGUGGGAAAUUUUGGAUGAAUGAGACUCGGCAAGUUUCUAUCUUUCGAUACUGUAUCUCAGCACCAUACACAGCUGCUCAUAUUCCUCACAAUCUUUAUAAGAAGAUGCGCUGGAACCUGGACAUCUUGGAAGGUUCUGCUGCUCGGAAUCAAACACUCCGGACAGAAUACUACUUCCUAUGCUUCCGUGAUACAGGAGAUGAAACAACUGUGAAAAUGCAGAAGCUUUGGUCCAUAGGACGCUGGGUGCCUUUAGAUCCUGACAGUGAACACAGUUCUGAUGUGCUAUCCUGGGUGUUGUGUCAUCAGCCCACAGGGGAUUACCAGCAGCUCCUAACAAUUGGAUUUGAGGAACCUUCCCAUACCUUAGCUACAGACCUCUUAGUGCAGAUGCUAAGUGCUCAGAGUUCUGGUCUUCUUAAUCGUGAGUUAUCCUGCUGGCUGGGCCCAGGAGAACAGAUUUCUCAAUGCCUUCAACAGUUGCAGAGCUUCUAAUGUAUUGCCUUCAUUGGAAAAAUUCUUUACAAUCCAGAGAUACACAAGAGAUGUAUAUGUCUUUAAAAUAGCCAUGUUGAAUUGUGUAGCACAGUUAAA